AUGUACACUUCAUCUCCAUCCUAUCCUGCGAGUUCUCUCUCCACGAGCUCCAUGCUGUCGAACCAUACCUACCAGACCUCUUCGCCGGUGUCGUCGCCGGUCUCCUUUCAGCUGCUGUCGCCGGUUACAUCCCUGGCAACUCGUAAGCGGGGGAGUGGUGACGAAGAACCCAUACGACACAGAGACUCCAAACGCGUGCAGAAGCAGAGGAUAUUCUCCGAAGUCCACACCAAGACGGUCGACUUGAUGAUGAAUGCGCUGAGAGAAAACCAGGGCCAAGAGGGCGUAGGAACAGAGACUGGAACAGAGACUGGAACAGAGCCCGAACAUGGAGACGAACUGGUUGGUAGCACGUACAGGCAAAGACCGUACUGGUAG